AUGGCCGGAGACCCCGACAUUGUAAGCGACUUCAUAGUGGCUCCGACCAACGGUAGAUGCAAACUUCUUCACAUUCACUGGCAUGACAACCUUCAAGAUAUUGAAGGCAACCUUGGCAGAGUUUACAGCUCUCAAUGCCCAGAGUGUCUCAUAUACCGUCCUUCAAUUCCCAUCCAGCACUACGAACCACACAUUCAUCCUCGCUCUGCUGAGAUCCUCUUCCUAGUCGAUGGUACCCUUGAAGUCGGGUUUGUUGACACGAAAAACAACCUCUUUACGCAGACACUUCAAGCUGGGGAUCUAUUUGUGUUCCCCAAGGGAAGUGCACUACCAGCACAAUGCUGA